AUGCCGGCUGGUAUUUCGACUCUGGCGCCGUCGACGGAUGCGGAAUCUUUCGAUUAUGAAGCGAAGGAUCCGCCGGCCUUUACAAUCUUACAGAAGGAUGGCCUGGACUCGAGUCUGCCUCUUUUACACGUCAACGAAGACGAUGAGAUGAAUGCGUCGCAACUUAUCAACUUAGAAAACAUGAAGAACGCGAUGAAGAAUAAUCUCUGCAAUCGCAGAGGUAUCAGCAAAUCCAAUGAACAUCUGGUCUUGGCUAGUCUACAGUCGAAUCAAGCCAAUCCUCUGAAGAAAAAACAUCAAAGUAAAAGUCAAGAUAGCUUAACGUUAUUUGAGGACAGACCACUUACAGUUAAACCCAGCCUUGUUUUAUCAACGGAAGAUUUCAACGAGGUGUUGAACGCAAAACUGAAAAAACUUCAAGAGCAAGUCGAGGCCGAGCAAGGCCGCAAGUCGCCUAAGAAAUCGAUCCUACCGCAGAAGAAGCCGUUCAUCACGACCGUGAAGACGGGGGAAUUUCUAAUGCCGCCACCGGAAGUGGCGGCCUUGCUCGGCAUAGCGCCCAGCGGAAAGGACGAAGAAGAGGCCGCAGACGGAUGUCCUCUGAAGAGUAGAUUCAAAUCACUAGUAUCGCCAACCAAGAGACCAGAAGUACGUCAUAAUAGCCAUAAUGCCAGAUGUCCAGCCGCCCUAAAGGCCACCGUAGAUUUUUCCCUCGGUAUGAUGAACGCCACUACCAUCGCCACCGCCUCAACCUUGAACGAGCAGGCAAGAAGGUUCAAGAGGAAUGAACUGGCCAGAUUCCCGCAGACGCCGCGAGCUUUACCGAAAAAGUUGGAACCGAUCGAGGGCAUGAUGAAUAUGCUGCCGAGACUUCGCGGUGAUCAAUCAGUUCCUUUCGGGAAUAUUAUGUUUGACCGCCGAGUGGCUCGAGGAAGCACAUUCGCUUCCGUUCCUACUCUUAUCGAUGGGGAACAAUCGAUAGCAGCGAGGCAAGCGGAAGCAAGACGAAGACAUUUGGCGAGGAAACGUGCUCAAAUUCAAACUUGUAGAGGACUCGUCGCCAGAACAGGUUCGCCUCCUCCAGUUCCUGGACGAAAACACGAACCGGUGCAAACGGAGAUUUUUCUCGAAGAGCUGACAGAAAAACCGGAUGAAUCCGAAGUAGCCACGCAGACCGAUUACUUCUUGGAAAAACCAGUACUACCAAACUAUUAUCCAGACAAAGUUGUUGGUCAAGACGCUUGCACGCAAAUCGAACCCGGGGAACUCUUCGACUACGACACUGAAGUCCAACCAAUUUUGGAAGUGUUGGUAGGCAAGACUAUUGAACAAGCCCUAAUCGAGGUUCUGGAAGAGGAGGAAAUUGCUGCUCUUAAAGAGCAGCAGAGAAGAUUCCAUGAAUUACGCAUGGCUGAAAAAGCUGAAGAACAACGAUUAGCGGAAGAGGAUAGAAGACGUCGAGAAGAAAAGGAUCAACGUCUGAAACAACAUGAAAAGGCGAUAAAAGCUCAACAAGAAACCGAGGAACGAGUUGCUGCUGCAGUAUUGUUAACAGGAUAUAUCGCUGAACUUUUACCUUCAGUUCUGGAGGGUCUUCAGAUGUCUGGCUACUUACUGGACGAAAUUAAGGCUGAUGUCGAAGAAGGUUUCAUGCCGUGGUUAAUGAAAGAAGUAAAAAAAGAAAUGGGUAACAUGAUUGAAAGCAGAGAACUGUUAAUGGAAAUUAUUAGAGAAAUCUUGGAGAAUCGUGCGCAAACAUACAGACAGCUUGGCGAAGAAUACGAUAUUUCCAGAAACAAGAAAUUAGCAAGCGUAUACAAUUUGGAAGGAGGUGAAACUGAUAGCAAUUUCAUGAAUUAUGAAUCACCCGCGACGGAAAAUCACGCAAUUUAGCGUGAUAAAUAAUUUGAUUAACAUGGAAAUGCUA